AUGACAGACAUCGCAGCGGAGCCUGGCGAGAAGACCUCCUCCAGGGGCCAGCCUGUCGGGAUCCCCUUGCUAGAGCAGGAACCCGAGGAGCCGCUGGGUCUGGGCCAGCUGCCCACGGAGCUGCUCGAGAUGGUGCUGAGCCACGUGCCCCCUCACGUGCUGCUCGGGCGCUGCCGCCGGGUGUGCCGGCGCUGGCGCGACCUGGUCGACUGCCAGGCCCUGUGGCUGAGCAUCCUGGCCCGGAAACACGCCUCCCUGUGGCCCAUCGUCAGCACCUGCCUGCCCGCCGCCGACGACCCCAGGCCCUGUGUCCUGGGCCGCUUCUGCGAGCGCCGACCCAUAGGACGCAACCUCCUCCAGAACCCCAGGGGCGAAGAAGGUUUCCUGAAAUGGACGGUGCUGAGCAGUGAAGACGGCUGGGCGGAGGAGGAGGAAAACUUGGAGGUCAUACCUAGUGCCUAUAUGCUGACCAGCUUCCUGUCUGCCUACAGGGGUUAUCACAAGAAGCAAGUGUUGGACCUGGAGAAGGAGGGUUUCUGGCCGGAACUCCUGGACAGUGGAAAGAUUGAGAUUUGUGUCUCUGACUGGCGGAAUGACCAACAAGGAACUGACUGUAUAUAUCAGCUAACUGUCCAACUUCUAGAUGCCAACCAGGCCAUCCUGGAUCACUUCUCUCCUUUGCCUUUUCCCAUCUGGAAGUGGAGAAACAGCGUCUCUCCUCGGGUCAGCCACGUGUUCUCCAACCUCAAGAAGGGCGUUCGCUUUGUGUCUUUUGAAUGCUGCAUCUGGGACUUGGAGUUCAGAAAUGAGCAGUAUGGAAUCUCUGUGACGAAUUCCAGUGUCAUCGUGCAGACCCCGCCCCUCCCUCGCUGCGGCUUCGCGCAGCCGCCCGCCCGCGGGAUCUCACAGCCGUCCGCCCCGGAGAGGACCGACUGCCCAGAGCGCGGGUCCCGGGGCUCCCUGGGCGCGGCCGUUCCCGGGGAGCCCCCCGACUGCCUCUCUGAGCAGGGUGGGGAAGGGGAUCCUAGCCCGCCGCCGCCUCCGAGCAGGCCGCCAGGUGAGCGCCGGGACAGGUAG